AGCUUGCUGACAGACACUCUCUUCUCUCGACACCAACUAAGAGACAAUGAUGCAAUUAAGGACUUUAUUUUUAACAUCCAUACUACUGCCAUGGAUAUUGUCUACUGCAGCAAAAGACAAAUACAUGGAAGUCAGAAGACCUAAGAGAGACACUGCAAACCUUCCAGACUAUGACACUGUUCAAGACUCCGUCACUGACCCAGCAGCAGCUCCAAAAGCUGUCGACAUGCCAACAUGUCUGCUUUGCGUUUGCCUGAUUGGAUCAGUUUACUGUGAGGAGGUGUUCCCUGAAAUGUCAGCAGUCCCAGCAUUGCCAAAAGAAACAGCACAUCUCCACGCACGUUUCAACAAAAUCACAAAAAUAAGAAACCAAGACUUUGCAGACAUAGCCACCAUAAAAACAAUUGACCUAACUGGGAAUCUCAUCACUGAGAUAGACGAUGGAGCUUUUUCAAAACUUCUACUUCUUGAGGAGCUCAUUCUUGUAGAAAACAAACUGACUAAACUGCCUAUGCUGCCUGCCAAGCUGACUCUGUUCAAUGCCAAUUUCAACCAGCUUAAAACCAAGGGUGUGAAGGCAACUGCUUUUAAAAAACUCACAGGACUGGCAUAUCUUUAUCUUGGAAACAAUGAACUGACAGCUGUGCCCCAACUUCCAGAGUCUCUUCAGGUUGUGCACCUGCAUAACAACAAUAUCUCAACAGUAACAGAUGAGACGUUCUGCAGAGGGAACUCCAGUUAUUACAUCCGAACCAACAUGGAUGAGGUGAGGCUGGACGGGAACCCUGUGGUGCUGUCUGAGUACCCCGAUAGCUUCAUCUGCCUGCAGGCCCUCCCUAUCGGAUGGUACCACUGAAAUGACCAAAACAUGCUUUUGACGGUGGUAAGCCCUUCUGAGGAAGAUCUGCGUCAAAUAAAACAUGCAGAUAUAAAGAUACAAAAAAUAUUGUUUGCAAAAUGUGUUUCAAUUUUAUAUACUCACAAUGCUUACAGUGCAAGUCCAUAUAAACGCAAUGUUACAGAACGUCAGGAUUUAAACAAGGGUAUAAAAGAGCUUGUGUUUUGGGAUGUUAUCAACCAUUAUCUAACAUGUGUGCAAAAUAAUCCAAGAUGUCUUUAAAUACAGAAGAUCAUUUCUUUAUUUGUUAAGUACAAUUUGGCUUGGCUGUUUUGUUUGAGCAGGUGCUAUGCAAUGUUUUAAGAAUGUAACUUCAGUAUCCUAUAGGCCAUUCUGGAGAUUAUUUCAUUCUUUCAUUUGAGCUACCAUUAUUAUUAUUACUGCAAAUGUUUUCUUAAUCUGAAGAUAAUAGCAAUAAACGUGCAUGUUUCUGCAUAAGCCUUUCACUCAUAACGUUCACAUGGUUGUUGUUACAUGCUAUGAAGUCUAUUCCAGCCUGUUGGAAACAGUAGGGAGCGAGAGUCCAAGAAUGUGUCCUUAGGUGACACAGCAAGUCCACAUUUAGUCUGGCCAUUGAUCACUUGGGUGUAGGCUCAUUAAGAACUAUUAAACCAUCAGCUAUCUUCUUCUCGUAGUCCCGUUCCGAUUGUUUUCUUCGGUAGACAUCAUCUGGAAAGAAAACAGAAUAAAGAAAGUACAAUGAGACAUUCCA